GGGAAUUCCCCGGCCCUGUUCCGCCAAGCCUUCCGGAUCCGUCCUACGGCUCCGGAUCGUUUGCCGCUGCGGCAUAUCGCUGCUCCUUCGGGGCCUGUUCUUCGACGGGUGUCUGGCCUGGGCGGGUCACGUGCGCGCCGGAGAAAAUUUUAAAGCGCACCUGUACCAGGCGCACCACCACCAGCUCCACGGCACGUUUAACCACGCACAAACCGCCACGAAACGCCCCCUGAACAACCUAAAAUGCUCAGAAUUUCUGGAAGGGCACGGAGCACCAUGUGCCAGCGCCGGCUCGUGGGCGGGAUGGUUCGCAUGAACUCGACCGCUACCGUCGGCACACGUGACACGGCCACCGAGCCUGCGCUGGCCGAAGUUGCCCAGCAGAAAUUGCGGGAGAAAGUCAUGGCCGAGGCCCUCGCAAAGGAGGAGCAGGCCAUGUUGAAGGCCAAGGCCUUGCGGGAGUUGAAGGAGCGCACCCGACUUGCUGUGCACGCGUUGAACAACACUCCCUCGCAGGCGCUUGAAGACCGCAUGCUGCACUUGCAGAGCCAGCUCGACCUGCUUCCGGACCAGAAUAAUGUCAAGCAGCUCGACGAGCAGAUCGAAGACUUUUUGUUCGAGAGCAUGCGCUUGCCCGCGGCCGAAGUCGGAUAUGCGCCCUGGACCAGGUCCUCCGAAAACCACAAAGAUGGCACUGGGCAGGUGGGCAGCGCCCCGGCGCAGCGGAUCCGCACCACCAGCAGCGGUUCUAUUGCGCACCAGUUCCCCAACUUGCAGCCCACCCCAGACUAUAAGGCUUACUCGGAACAGGAGCUCUUCUUGAGACAUAUGGCGCACGUGGGCCACACGGGCCACUUGGGAACGCACCAGACACAGGUCUACGAGCCCAGUGAGGACACGUUCAACCCGCGGUCUGUUUCGGAGCUUUCUAUCGCGCAAUUGAUGGCCGCGGAGUGCCACUUGGGCCACGCCAAGGCGCUCUGGAGACCGUCCACACAGCCCUUCAUCUACGGUGAGUACCAGGGCGUGCACCUCAUUGAUCUCAACCACACGUUGGUUGCGUUGCGCAAGGCCGCCAAGGUCACCCGCGCGGUCGCUGCCAAAGGCGGUGUCAUUCUUUACGUCGGCACCUCGCGGCUCAAGGAGCAGCAGGUGGCGUUGGAAGAGGCCGCACGCCGCUCAAACGCAUACUGCGUGACUCACCGCUGGAUCCCCGGCACCAUCACGAACUUCACGGAGGUUUCGCGCCAGAUCCUGGGGCCCCAGAAGGCGUUGGUAAACCUCGCUGACGAGCCCACAGGCAAGUACUUCACGACCACGGAGGGCACGAUCAUCAAGCCUGACUUGAUUGUGUUGAUGAACCCGGUCGAGAACAGAAACUGUAUUGGAGAGAGCAUCAAGCUGCGCAUCCCAACCAUUGGGCUUUGUGACACCAACAUGGAGCCGACGUUGUUGACAUACCCAGUGCCAUGUAACGACGACUCCAUGCGUGCGUCGUCGCUCAUCUUGGGUGUUUUGCUGAGGGCCGCCCAGGAGGGGGUGCAGGAGAGAAAGCUGGCAUUUGCCCACUACAAGCAGGCGCAGGGGGCCUCGUUGGCAGCUACUAAGAUGGAGAUGGAGAAGAAGACGGGCGAUGCGGCAACGGAAAGCGUGGCUACGGAAAGCGUGGCUACAGAAAGCGUGGCCACUGACGUGGCAACCUCCGACAGAGCUCCCACCGCUGAGACCGAGCAGGCUGUCUAAACAUUACCCGUAAAGUAUCAAGCAUGCAUUUAUUCUAUAUGUAUAUAGUGCCAUUCUAUACGACUUGGCAGUUCUGGGCACCAUACACUGUCAGCAAGAAGCCUCGUGGUAUCCAUCCUCGUAAUUAGCACGGGUCCUGCCUACUCUUUGUGGCUUGUCUAGCAGUUACUCCUCUUUCUUAGCGUCGACUGUGGUCUCACCAUCGCUCUCUUCGUCGGAUCUCUCGUCAGCGGCAACUCCUCCCACCGCAUAUCUGUAGAGAAUGCGGCAAAUCAAGAAGAGCCAGUACAAGUUAAGAAGCUGCAAGGCAACCAACAAGCCCAAAACGAUUGGUUGCGAAAACCAAAACUUGUACAGCUGCGUAGCGUUGUUCAACGUGCACUCGCCCACCGUAAGGAACUCGGUCAUCACAGACCAAAUAAUCUUCAAAUUGAUCCAGUGUCUCAAGUAGAUCCACACCCCCACAAAAAUUACAAAGAACGGGCCUGCAAGCGGG